AAUAUGCAAUAUCCUCCAUAUCUGGCGACGGGGCUCACUCUCCAGAUAGAGUUUGCUUCAUCUCCACGAGGUAGAAGGAAAGGUUUCAAUAUUUCAGUGUCCUGUCAUGAGCCACCAACAGGAGACAAUAUUUCAGGUCGUUUAAUGGGAGGUAUUAAACCGUCAGAAGGAUUCAUCGAACUUUCGGCAUCAUCAGGUGAAUGGAUGAGAGUCUGUAAAGAGAGCUUUACGGAUAGGGUGGCAGAAGUCAUCUGUGGAGAGCUUGGCUAUCCAGGUGUCAAAAAUAUCACCAUUGUGAAUGUGAAUACACAAAACUGUACGAGAGCGCCAAGUUGCGGAGAUGGUAAGUACCCGUACCGUACCCCUUUCUCCUCUGUUUUAGCAAUAUAA